AUGUCUGCUAUUCAGAACCCCCACUCUUUCGACCCCUUUGCUGAUGCAAGUAAGGGUGAUAACCUGCUUCCUGCUGGCACUGAGGGUUAUAUCUAUAUAAGAAUUCGACAGAGAAACGGCAGGACGACCCUUACCACAGUCCAAGGGAUCGCUGAUGAAUAUGAUAAGAAGAAACUAGUGAAGGUGUUUAAGAAGAAAUUUGCCUGCAAUUGUUCUGCAAUUGAGCAUCCAGAAUAUAGAGAAGUAAUUCAGCUACAGGGUGACCAGCACGAGAACAUAUUCUAG